AUGGGAGCCUUCAUGUUUUCCUCUUUAGGAACUGUACCGUCACUCCUUUUUCUUGGUAUCCUCUACUUAUGCGCUGUUGACAUUGCGCUUGGAGAGGAAACCUCAUUUUAUAAAUCGAGACCUGAUAUAUACCCACCCGUCUUCAAUGUCGAGAAGUCCGAUCCAGACAAGCUCAGCCCGGGCUAUAUUUUCAUCACCCCUUACGAACUUCAGAAUCCCGGCCCGUACAUUUACGAUAACACAGGGGAAUUAGUGUGGAGUGGCUGGGGUAUCUCGGGACCUGGCAACGCUCAUGGGCUGCACGUGUGUAAAUACAACGGCUCCGAUCACCUAUGUUUCUUCCAGGGCAGCCAGCAGAAAGGAUAUUGCCGCGGGCAUGGCAUUAUUAUGGAUAAAAACUACCGAGUUGUGCGGUCAGUUCAGCCGGGUGGAGGAAUGGCCUCUAGCGACAUGCACGAAUUCCGUCCCAUCGAUAAUGGCAGAACCGCUCUCAUGACCAUCUACCAGCAACGACAAUUCGACAUGACACCUUGGAACAUCAAAACCGGGGUAGGUUGGAUCAUGGAGAGUGUUUUCCAGGAGGUCGACGUGGAGACCAACAAAGUUUUGUUUGAAUGGCGAUCACUCGAUCAUGUUGAUCCAUCAUCGAGCUAUACAUGGCCUUCUCAUACGGAUACUUCUGGGACGGGAUUGAACGUGCAUGAGCCCUGGGAUUACUUCCAUAUCAACUCAGUUGACAAAAAUGUUGCCGGUGACUAUCUGAUCUCGUCAAGGCAUACUUCUGCAAUCUACAAGAUCUCCGGUAAAGACGGCUCGGUGAUGUGGCAGCUUCACGGCGCGCAGCCCUCGUUCCGAAAUAUCAAUUUUAACUUUUCACAGCAGCACGACGCCCGGUGGCUGCACGAGAACAAUACGCACACAGUUCUCUCACUUUACAACAAUGGGUAUAACGGCUUCAACAAGACCCAUACCUAUUCAGCGGGCAUGAUCAUCAUGAUUAACCACGUGGAAAAAACGGCCACCCAGCUCCGCGAUUAUGCCCCGAUUCAAAACGACCUAGUGAGCUCCAGCCAGGGAAACCUACAGGUGCUCUCUAACCAAAAUGCCUUCAUCGGAUGGGGAAAUAACCCGUUCGUAUCCGAGCACGACGAGGCGGGCAAUCUACUGUUCUGGGGCUCUUUCGCCAAAGACACAGUGAUGAACUACCGCGCAAUGAAGUUUGAGUGGGACGGUGAACCGACAGACUCACCUGCUCUAUGGACAUACUCUCGGACCGCAGAGCCUAUUUCUUCCACCAGCUUCUAUGUCAGCUGGAACGGCGCAACCCGCGUCAACACAUGGCGAUUUUGGGGAGCGAUGAAUAUCACCGGACCUUGGACCUUCCUGGAUGAGACUUCGAAGACCGGCUUUGAGACAGAAUACACCAACCCUAGUUUUUUCCUUUGGUCCAAGGUCGAAGCAGUGGAUCGUGAGGGCAUCGUGCUGGGAAAGUCUGAGAUCAAGUAUACAUUCGUACCAUCGUCUGAGCUGCGCGAAUUCUGCGCUACCUCAACCUGCUUGGACGCAAAGGGAUAUGGGUUCCCCGGCGAAGAGGAAGCUCGUCCUUUCAUUCCGCCAGUAGGUGUCAAUACUGUGCCGUGGAUACACCCCGAUAACCCGGGCUCCAAUAUUUGGACAAAUUCAUCCGGGUAUCCACGUCCUUCUAAUACUGCAGAUACUGCAAAGCAUUCGAACGGAUGGAACAGUAGUCGCCUACUUGCCUGGGGUGCCGUUCUCCUGGUGGCGAUCCCUCUCCUCGCCGGAAUCUUCCUCACACAUAGAUACUAUACAAUGCGUUCGCUCAAAAAACUGCGGGAUCAGGAGUCCUCUAGGCCUAUAGGCGAUAUGGCUGAGCGGAAACGCCCUCCCGUGCAGGUAGCAGAUCUGCCUUGGUGGAAUUGGCGCUGGUGGAUCGAAGAGGACGAAACAAACUCCUACUCCCCGCUGGGUGAGUGGAGUCCGUAUGGACACAGGCGUGAACGAGAGCGGAACGAAUAG